AUGUCGGCGAACAUCAAGAAGAGACGGGCAGGACACAGACUUCACAUCAAAACACUCCUCAAUAAAGUUGCAGAAGAAUUGCAAAAAUCUGAACAUGAUGCGGAAAUGUGCCGAACGUGGAAAGAAGAAAUCCAACGUCAGAAAGAAAUCAUCACAGAUAUGGACAUCAAAAUUCAAGAGACGAUCAGCGAAGAGGAUGAUUUGAACGCAGAAAUUUCAACAUCGUCCGAAUUAAAUAUGGAAAUCAAUAAAGCACUUGCAUGUAUCAAUGCAAAGCUAACCCUGUCGAAGGAACUUGCCAAGCCGAACAUCAAAACGGUGAAAUUGCCGAACAUCUCGCUUAUCAAGUUCACCGGUGAUCCCCUACAGUGGUCUAACUUUUGGGACCUCUUCAAGACAUCCAUUCACGAACGCACUGACAUAGCUGCACCAGCUAAAUUUCAUUACUUGACCAGCCAAUUAUCAGGCGCCGCUGCCAAUCUUUUGGCGGGUUUUGACAACACAGAAGCAAGCUAUCAUGAGGCUGUGUCACUCUUGGAAUCAACAUACGGCAAGAAGCGAAUCCUCAUACAAGCACGCUUGGAUGCAAUCUUGGAUCUACCAUCACCAACGCCUACCGUCGCUGACAUAAGCGAGUUUCGCAGUCAAUACGAAGGACAUCUUCGUAGUCUGAAAUCUCUAGGAUGCAACAUCGUAGAAGCAGGAUACGUCUUUGCAGAAAUAUUAAUGCGGAAACUUCCACGAGAGACCAGAGACCAUCUCAACAGAGCACACAAAUCAUCGACUACGUGGGAAUUAGAAGACCUCAGGGCCGCCAUCACCACGGAACUGGAACACCUGACUGCCUACGAGGGACAACAGCAGCAACAGAAGAGACCAAUUCGGGACUCUGCACCUCCGAACUACCCUCAUCAGGACAAUCUUACCAACAGCUUUGCUUUCAAUAUCGCACACCCUUGA